GUUUGUUGUAUUGUCAAUCCAAUAUCCAUUACGAUAUCUUGCGACAUUUUGGGACGUCUAAAUCUUACCGCAAAUGCGACUAGAGAACAAACGACGUGGUGCAAUCAAAAGAACUAUUAAUACAACUUAUUGUUAUCCGUUGGAAAUUUUGUACAGUUGAAACGGAGAAAUGCGACUUUGUAGCCAAGAUAAGAAGAUAAGAAGAUUACGUUGCAUGGAAUCAGGAACUGCUGCGAUUGUAAUGCCGAACGAACGAUUAAGGCCGCGUCAGAAAUUUGCGGUUUUAUUAUUAGCCAUAAUUAUGGUUAUGGGAUCGCGUUAAGACCGCCGAUAACUGCCGAGUUUCCAUCUCCAUGCCGUCAUGAUCGAAAUGUCGCUAUAUAAAACUGAGCGACGUACUUGCAGAUGAACCGUUUCAGUUUUGUGAACGCUUGUGGAAUUUCAUCAAAUUGUGCUAAUGAUUCGGCAGGCGAUACUACUGACGAUGAUCUUGGUAGGAGUUCAAAACGAACCGCAGGGUCCAGCUUAUCUGCCACCCAGCUCUCGACCAGCUGGAGGUGGGGGAACAGGUCAUCCGGAUGAAUGGGCCGGUGAUCCGGCAAACUAUGAAUUCUCAUACGAGGUCCAAGACGCGACGGCGGGUCUGGAUUUUGGCCAUCGUGAGAUGAGAAAAGAUAUGGAGGCUACAGGGACCUACCACGUAUUGCUGCCAGAUGGCAGAACCCAAAUCGUUGACUAUGUGGCCGAUGGGGCCGGAUAUCGGCCCAUGGUACGGUACGAAGGUACAGCGACUUAUCCAGCGUCAGGAGGAGGAGGACCCUCGCACGACGAGGGCUACAGAUAUUAAGGCUCUGAACAACUUUUUCGCAUUUAGACGCCUCUUUGAGCUUAGAUCUUUAAAAAUUUAAACGGAUUUGGAUCAGAUAUAUUUUAAGGAUGCAUUCUUAGAAGUAGCAUUCUUUAGAUGCGAACAUGACUGUGUAUCCGGCGAUCAUCAAUGAAAUUGACGACCACAUACAUUCUAAGAGCAGAAAAUGCUCCGAGUAGACGAUGGGAAUUAUGCAUAUGUGAGUUAUGUGUGCGCGAGUACAUUUAAUUGUCCAUUUAAU